UGCUGUGGGACAUUCAUGAUUUACAACGGCAGUUCAUCAUUUUGACGCCUUUAAUUCCAAUGAAUGACUGUUGAAGAGCAGUCUGUGGACGUUAGGCUCUGAAAUGUCUUAAAUAUCGGGUGUGGAGUGGUUAAACUACCGCAGAGGAGCGGAUAAAGCGAUGCUGAGCGGAGCAGAGAAGUAACGGUAGUUUGUGGCCGGAGGCAGCAUCGCCACUUCGGACUUUUUCCACUGAACGGCUCCGUCCAUCCGAGGAAUGAAGCGACAUGUCCACCAGAGAUGCUAUGGCCGCCUCUUCAUGAGAAGAACCGGAGCAUAGACGGGGCCGAGUAUCCUGCAGCAGGUUUCUGGAGACCGGGAAGGCUUCGGUGGACUAGAACCGGGGCUGAGAAAGGCCGGCUGGACGUCUGAGUGUCCUACAGCAGCCAUGGAGGAGGAGGAGGUGGUCAGCAUGGAGUUUCUGCUGGAGCAGGUGAUGCAGAAGGACGUGGGGAAGAGGCUCCAGGUGGGACAGGAGACCAUAGAGCUCAUUCUGGAUGAGGGCAAGUCCCCAGACCUGGAACAGGACCAGAGCAUGCUGGAUAGGAUGGUGGACUCUGUGGCCAGCUCCUGGGUCAACUCCAGCAACUUUAAGGUGGUUUUAUUGGGGAUGGACAUCCUCUCAGCUCUGGUCAGCAGACUCCAGGAGAGAUUCAGGACACAGGUUGGAACAGUUCUGCCGAGUCUGAUGGAUCGACUUGGAGACGCCAAGGACCAAGUUCGAGACCAGGACCAAGCCCUGCUGCUGAAGAUUAUGGACCAGGCUGCAAACCCACAGUAUGUGUGGGAGAGAAUGAUGGGAGGAUUUAAACACAAAAACAACCGGACCAGAGAAGGCCUCUGCCUCUGCCUCAUCUCCACCCUGAAUGUGUUUGGGUCUCAGAGUCUGACUCUCAGUAAAAUCGUUCCUCACAUCUGUAACCUCCUCGGAGAUCCAACAAGUCAGGUACGUGAUGGUGCCAUGAACUGCCUCAUAGAGAUCUACCGCCACGUGGGAGAACGAGUGAGAAUUGACCUGGGAAAGAAGGGACUGCCUCAGUCACGGCUGAACGUCAUCUUCAGUAAAUUUGAUGAAGUUCAGCGAUCGGGGAACAUGGUUCUGUCUCCACUAUCAGACAAGAACUUCGAGGAUGAUGACUCGGUGGAUGGAGGCCGCUCCUCGUCUUCGUCCAAAGGAGCCUCGCUGUCAGGAAGGAAGGCGGUGAGCAUGGGUUCAUUUCGCCGCCCCGCCUCCGCCUCAAGCACCAAGUCUGCAGGGAGGGACGGGUCGGGGGCUGGAGCUGUGGAUGAGGAAGACUUCAUCCAGGCCUUUGAGGAUGUUCCCACAGUACAGAUCUACUCUAACAGGGAAGUGGAGGAGGCCAUGACAAAGAUCCGAGACGUUCUGUCAGACGAUAAGAGGGACUGGGAGCUCAGAGUGGCAGCUCUGAAGAAGGUGCGUUCGCUGCUCCUGGCCGGCGCAGCAGAGUUUGACGGGUUUGCUCAGCAACUGCGCCUCAUGGAGGCGGCGUUCAAGUUGUCCGCAAAAGACCUACGCUCUCAGGUGGUGCGAGAGGCCUGCAUCACUCUGGGUCACCUGUCGUCGGUGCUGGGCAGUCGGUUCGACCACGCAGCCGAGGCCAUCAUGCCGAUCCUCCUCAACCUGGUCCCCAACAGUGCCAAAGUCAUGGCCACCUCCGGCAUGGCCGCCAUCCGCCUCAUCCUCAGACAUACACACUUCCCACGCCUCAUCCCCAUCAUCACCAGCAACUGUACCUCCAAAUCUGUGGCUGUGAGAAGACGCUGCUACGAGUUCUUGGACCUGAUGCUGCAGGAGUGGCAGACGAGCUCUUUAGAGAGACAUGGAACAGUUUUAAUGGAGACGAUAAAGAAAGGGGUCCACGAUGCAGACGCCGAGGCUCGCUCUGUGGCCAGAAAGUGCUACUGGGGCUUCCACGGUCACUUCCGCCGGGAGGCGGAGCAGCUGUUCCAGAGCCUGGAGUCGUCCUAUCAGAAAGCUCUACAGGCUCACCUGAGAAGCGGAGACAGUCUGAUGUCUCUGCCCGCCUCCGACCGCUCGUCCUCGUCCUCACAGGAGAGCCUCAAUCGACCUCUGUCUGUAAAAAGCAGCUUUGGGAGCGGCUCAACCCGCUCCAAAGCGACUCACACCAGGGCGCCGACCACAGCCUCCUCUCCGGGUUCCCUCCAACGCUCUCGCAGCGAUGUAGAUGUAAACGCAGCAGCGACCGCCACAGCCCGCACCAGGAUGCCUGCCGUCCCCUCGGCCGUGACGUCGUCGCCCUUUAGCUCCGCCUCUGCCCUUCCUCCCGGGUCCUACGCUUCACUGGGUCGAGUCCGGACCCGGAGAACGAGUUCAGGGAACGGUCCGAGUGUGACGGACAGCCGAGGAAGGAGCCGAGGGAAAGUCGUCUCCCAGUCUCAGCCCGGCAGUAGGUCUGGGUCUCCAGGCCGCCUGCUGAGCUCUUCGUACGGCCGGAUCCCGAGGCCGACCAUGGGCACCGCCGCCGCCACAGCCGGCAGCGCCUCCACCGGCCUGACCGACAAGAGCCGGACCCGAGGUCACCGCAGCCAGGGCUGCAGCCGAGAGACGAGCCCCACCCGGUCAGGAACAGCCCGCAGCAGAAUCCCCCGACCGAGCAUGAGUCAGGGCUGCAGCCGCGAAACCAGUCGCGAGAGCAGCCGCGACACCAGCCCCGCCAGGGGUUUCUCCCCCCUGGACCGUCUGUCUCAUCAGGCUCGAAUCUCCGCCUCCGUCAACGCCAUGAGGAUCCUCAACACCGGCACUGACGUGGAGGCGGCUGUGGCCGAUGCUCUGCUCUUAGGGGACUCGAGGAGUAAGCGGAGGCCCGUGAGGCGGCGUUUUGAGUCUCCAGGGAUGUACUCAGACGAUGACGCCAACAGCGACGCCUCCAGCGCCUGCUCCGAGCGCUCUUUCAGCUCACGUAACGGCGGCAUGGCUCCACACUACCUUCGCCAGACGGAGGAUGUGGCCGAGGUGCUGAACCACUGCGCCAGCGCCAACUGGUCGGAGAGGAAGGAGGGGCUGCUGGGGCUGCAGAACCUGCUCAAGAGCCAGAGGAUGCUCAGUCGUGUGGAGCUGAAGCGGCUCUGUGAGAUCUUCACCAGGAUGUUUGCAGACCCUCACAGUAAGAGAGUGUUCAGCAUGUUCCUGGAGACCCUGGUGGACUUCAUCAUCCUGCACCGUGAGGACCUGCAGGACUGGCUCUUUGUCCUGCUCACUCAGCUUCUGAAGAAGAUGGGAGCCGACCUGCUGGGCUCCGUCCAAGCCAAAGUCCAGAAGGCUCUGGACGUCACCAGAGAGUCUUUUCCUUACGAGCAGCAGUUCAACAUCCUGAUGCGUUUCAUCGUGGAUCAGACGCAGACGCCCAACCUAAAGGUGAAGGUGGCCAUCCUUCGCUACAUUGAGGCACUUGCUCGCCAAAUGGACCCGGCCGACUUCGUCAACUCCAGCGAGACUCGCCUGGCCGUCUCACGCAUCAUCACCUGGACCACCGAGCCAAAGAGCUCCGACGUCCGCAAGACCCUUCAAAACUGGGCAGGGGAGGAUUUCUCAGGCCGAGCCAGCACCGCGGCCUCUCUGCCUGGGGAGGGCAACCUGGAGGAGAGGUGCAAGCAGGCGGCCCAGGUGGUGCUGAUCGCCUUAUUCGAGCUAAACACACCGGAGUUCACCAUGCUGCUGGGCGCUCUGCCCAAGACCUUCCAGGACGGGACCACCAAGCUGCUGCACAACCACCUGAGACACGCCAGCGCCAGCAGCGGCAUCGGCAUGGCGUCUCCCAGUAACACAGCCGGUCGGACGCCUCCUCGGCAGCCCAACAGCCGCAGCAGCCCGCUCACCUCCCCGACUAACUGCUCCCAUGGCGGCCUCUCUCCCAGCAACAUGCUGGAGUACGACAGUGAGAAUCUGAACUCGGAGGAGAUCUACAGCUCGCUCCGCGGCGUCACAGAGGCCAUCCAGAACUUCAGCUUCAGAAGCCAAGAGGACCUGAUGGAGCCGCUGAGACGAGAUGGGAAGAGGGACGGCAUGUCUGGAGUCGCAGCAUCCUCAGAUUCAGACCCUCGACUCUGUGGCGACAUGAUUGGAGGUGGGCGCACAGCUCUGGACAACAAGACGUCGCUACUGAACACGCCUUCGCCACGCUCGUUCUCUGGCCCUCGCUUCAGAGACUACAACCCCUACAACUACACGGACAGCAUCAGCACACUGGACAAAGCCGCCCUGAAGGAGGCGCUGUACGAAGACGCUGUGGAGCAGAUGAGAGACGGAUGCCGACAAGAAUGUGUGGAGAACAAGAUCAUGAACCCCAAGAACUUCCCAGUUGCUCCCGCUGAGCAGCUGGAGCUGGUCGGAGGGCUCCUGAAGGAGCUCUCUCAGGGCCAAGCAGGGGAACGGGGCCCAGAGGAGCGCCGGGGGACCCUGCUAGAGCUGCUGAAGGUGGCCCGCGAGGACAGCCUGGUGGUGUGGGAGGAGCACUUCAAGACUAUGCUGCUGCUGCUGCUGGAGACACUGGGAGACAAAGAUCACACGAUCCGAGCCCUGUCCCUGAGAGUCCUGAAGGAGAUUCUGAGGAACCAGCCAGCCCGCUUUAAGAACUACGCUGAGCUGACCAUCAUGAAGACGCUGGAGGCUCAUAAAGACUCGCACAAGGAGGUGGUGCGAGCAGCAGAAGAGGCUGCCUCCACGCUGGCGGGCUCCAUCCAUCCCGAACAGUGCAUUAAGGUCCUCUGUCCCAUCGUCCAGACUGCGGACUACCCCAUCAACCUCGCCGCCAUCAAGAUGCAGACCAGAGCCAUCGAACGCAUCGCCAAGGAGCCGCUCCAUCAGCUGCUCUCCGACAUCAUACCUGGACUCCUGCAGGGCUAUGACAACACGGAGAGCAGCGUGAGGAAGGCAAGCGUCUUCUGUCUGGUGGCGAUCUACUCUGUGAUUGGAGAGGAGCUGAAGCCGUACCUGGCUCAGCUCACUGGCAGCAAGAUGAAGCUUCUCAACCUCUACAUCAAGAGGGCCCAGACCUCCACCAGCAACAGCAGCAGCUCCUCUGACAUCUCCUCCUACUGACCUCCUCUCUGUCUCUGAAACCUCUCCAUUCCAGCCUUCCAGAGCCUUCCAGGCGCUCUCUGUAGGACCAUCUCUCUCAUCUCUAUGGUUGUCCCCAUACCUGAAUUUACUGAUACCGCAGCUGCAGAAAGAGAAACCCCAGAAAACAAAAGUUGGGUGAUUUCUUGUUUUUAACUUCCAGAAAUUUCACUCAAACUCCUGCACAUGUUGGGAAUGUUUCGAUACCAAAACAUUCCCAACGUAUUUGUGCAAUUUAGACCAGAUGUGGGAGUUUUUUUUACUACUGAUCAUCAAAAUAAUGAGGAUUUUAUUGUUUAAAACACCUGGUAUCAAAAGGUAUUUGACAUCCUUGCUCAUUUCCAAACCAGCUCUUUCCACUUCAACCCUUAAACUUAAAGCUGAAAUCCUUGUCUUUAAAGCUUUGCUAAAACGAUCCAUGACAAACCUCUCCUCUUUCUCUAGAGUCAUGAGCCUUAAAACUUUAUCUUCCAUCCAUGUAUGAUGGAUCAACACUCCAUUUUUAGAUCUCCUCUUCCUAUUCAUGAUGUCUUUUUCCAGCUGGACCUGAGGAGCAGCUUAAAGGUUGAUCUGAACAUUCUAUGGUCUUCUCAUGAAAGUGUGAGGUGAGCUUCUAACGGUGGAAAAGAGGAGAGUUUCCCCUGUGGCUGUCAGUAUUUGUACUCACUUUUAGAACCUUUAAACCACUUCUUUUAACACUUCAUUUUUGCUUUGACACAUCAAACCUUAUUGUAUAUUGAAUGUAAAGAGCUUUGACAGGAUGUGGAUCUCACCUGUGUUUCUCCUUCCUGAACUACUGCCUCGUUGUACCUGGUGGAUCAAUCUUAAAGGAAUGUUUUGAAAUUUUAACAUGUGCAUUAGAUGAAAGAUUAGCUGCACUGAGCGGUGAUAGACAGUGGCACUUUGGGCUGAAUUAAAGGGUCCAUCUGAAGCGUUACAAAUAAAAACACAAUAAUGAGUCAACAGCUGAAGAAGUUAGCUGUUGUUGUACUCAUUAAUGUGACAGUAACGAGUGUUAGUUUUAAAAAUGUGAAUCUAAUCCCAUGUUAGUUUACAAUGAAGGAUCAUUUGGCUGGCCAAUGAUUUCAAGCACUACAGAAAGCUUAACUAAAGAGUCCGACUACCAGCAGCAGACAUCAGUGUUGUUUAAAGUAGAACAGACAAUUUUAUAGAGUAAAGAAAAUAAGUAAUAAUCAUUCUGUGCAACACUUAUCAGCUGGAUCCUACGGAAGAGUAUAAGGUCCACUGGAAAACAUCUUAUGAGAUCCAGCUUUUAAUCAAAGAAAGGUCAAAAUUUUAGAGAAAAAAGGCAGAAUUCAUAGAUUAAAGUCAGAACUCUGAAGUAAAAGUUGGAAUUCUGAGAUCAGAUACAUCAUUGCAAGAUCAAAGUCAUAAUUCAAAGAUCAAAAUCAUAAUUACAAGAUCAAAGUCAGAAUUCAAAGAUCAAAGUCAAAUUCUGAGAUCAAAGUCAG